AUGCGCAACGGAACGUUGCAGGGAGGCAGACGUCUCGACGGCAUGCCCCUGCAGCAGGCGGAGGAGGAGGUGGAUUUUUCAACGGCGCGCAGUGGGGGCCCCAGGAGGCCCCCCCCUAGGGAGGAAACGGAGGUCUCUUUUAGCAGCAUUCGCAGCGGCAUGGAGCCGCAGGCGCAGCGGGUGAUAGAGCCUGAUCGCGAGCGAGCACGCGGUCUGCGUGAGCUGGUAGCGGCUGUUGUUUCGGGGGAAAUCUUGCCUCCGAGCAAGCGGGAGAGCUCGACUGAGGAGGCGGUUGCUGCUCCCUCGGAGGGUCUCUCCGAGGCUAGGAAUGGCGAUUCCCACGUCAGAAACUCGAGCACCGUCUGUAGAAAGUCGGGGGAGUCUCGGGAGGUCUCUGCUGCCGCGGCAGCGAGAGAGCAGCAGCAGAAGGCUCAGCAGCAGCAGAAGGCUCAGCAGCAGCAGCAGAAGGCUCAGCAGGACGAUGGUGACGACGUUGCAAAGGGGACCUCGCUGGAGAAAGCCAAAGCGGCGCAUUCUUCGGGUGUAUGUGCGAGGGGCCCCGUGGAGGGCCCUACUGCGGCGAGCACUGACUCCGUCGAGAAGUUUGUGCCUCGCUGGAAACGUAAUGCGUGUACUGAGGGGGAGUCUGCGGCGGCGCCCAAGAGUCCCCUGAAAGAGGAAGCUGUUGUCUUGGAGCCUGUUCGACUUGCGUCUCUUAGGGGCGGGGGUGCGGGAAGUGCAGCAGCAGGAGCAGCAGCAGGAGGGGGCAGAGGCGGAGUUGGCGAUAACAAAUAUGUGCCUCCAUGUCUGCGCAAGGACGCGAGCGGCGCGGCAAAAGCCUCUCCACAGCAGCAGCAGCAAGACAGCAGCGUGGUUCGGCGUCUCCUGAGCAGCGCUGCGGCAACUCGCGAGUUAGCCGCUGCAGCAGAGGCAGUUGAGCGGAAGCAGCAGGAGAUGGCAGAGGCGCGACGCCAGCAGCUGCUGGAGAAGCAGCGGCAGCAGGAGCUGAAGCAGCAGCAGCAGCAGCAGGCCUUCCGGUGCAGCGACGCUGCAGCGAUGGGAGCCUUCGUGUCUCGUGCCGAGGCGUUGUUGCAGUCGGGAACGUCUCCCAGCGCUGCGGUGGUCGAGGAGUGUCUGCGAAUUCUGCCGGAGGCUGACAGAGGCUCGCUGGCUGCGCCUUUGUGCUGCGUAGCACUCGUUCUCAGAGCUGGUUUUAAGGCCAAAGACAGCGAAGAGCUUCGCAACAAGGCCCAGCCACUCGCAGUGCUCACCAAGAAAUUGAUAGAAGAGGCGUCGGGUGUCAUUGAAGGCCCCACUCGAGCUCCUGUUCUCUUGCUGAGGCAGAUUAGCCGCCUUACGAACGAUUUGCAGUGUCCGCGCCUCUCUGCGAACGCAACGCUCAUUGAGGCAGUCUUCGACUGGCUCUUGUUGGACAGGAUCGUUCCGCAGGAAGACUUCGUUGCCUGGCUCGAAGACUUCGAGGACAAGACCCCUGGACGCACUGCCGUGAUGUUUCAGGUCGCUUCUUGGGGCCUGUGGAUUCGUGGGGAGUUGGGGCCUAAGGAGCAGUCUAGCGAGUCUGAGGAGGACGAUGAAGACAUUGAGGCGCUCUUCCCGAAGCGAGAAGCUGUAAAGAUCAGCACGAGGCGGUUGCGCUGA